GGCCGGUGGACUUCUUAGUAAAUUAUAUUAAAUAACAAAGUUAAGUAACAAAAUUAUAACAAUGGUAAGGAUGUUAAUGUCAUUAUGUGCGAUAUUAAUCAGCAUUUAUAUAACGGAACAAGCAUACUUUUUGCAAGACAAUUUCAUUACUAAAAUCAACGAACAAGCAACUACAUGGAAGGCCGGUGUGAACUUCAACCCAAGUACGCCAAAGGAACAUUUCCUAAAACUUUUGGGAUCUAAAGGAGUGCGAAUUCCAAACAAAGUUAGUCAUAAAAUGUACAAAACGGAUGACAAAGGUUACAAAAAAUUAUCCAACAGAAUACCAAGGCAAUUCGACGCUAGAGAAAAAUGGCGACAUUGUAACACGAUCGGAGAAGUCCGUGACCAAGGAAAUUGUGGAUCGUGUUGGGCAUUGGCAACGAGCUCAGCGUUUGCCGACCGAUUGUGUGUGGCCACAAACGGAGAUUUCAAUGAAUUGUUAUCAGCCGAAGAAAUCACUUUCUGCUGUCAUUCGUGUGGUAACGGAUGUAACGGUGGUUAUCCGAUAAGAGCUUGGAAACGUUUUAAGACACACGGUUUAGUUACCGGAGGAAAUUACAAAUCCGGAGAGGGUUGUAAACCAUACAGAGUGCCACCUUGUCCUUAUGUCGGACAAGGAAAUCAUACGUGCACAGGUCGACCACCAAUCGAAUUAAAUGAUAAUUGCACGGAAAAGUGUGAUGGAAAUCUAGACCUCGAUUUCGACCAAGAUCACAGAUACACACGUGACUUCUACUACCUAACUUACGGCAGCAUUCAAAAAGACGUAAUGACUUACGGACCAAUUGAAGCAUCGUUUGAUGUGUACGACGAUUUCAUCAGUUACAAAUCAGGUGUUUACGUUAGAUCGGAAAAUGCUUCGUUCUUGGGAAGACAUUCCGUAAAAUUGAUUGGUUGGGGUGAUGAAAACGGAGUCCCGUAUUGGUUGCUGGUUAACUCGUGGAAUAUACAAUGGGGCGACAAUGGUCUUUUCAAAGUUCAACGAGGCACAAACGAAUGUGAUAUCGAUAAUUCGACAUCUGGUGGUGUUCCUACAGUAGCUAGCUAUUAUAAUAAUAAUUGUCAUAAUAUUGUCAUUAAUGAUGAAAUAAAAUUAAUUUUAUUAUUUAAUGCUAUAUUAUUGAUUUCUCAGGAGACGUGAGAUUUUAACAACAACAUAAUUUUUAUUAAAUAUUGGUCUACACGUGUAAGUGUUUUUGAUAAAUGUAAUUUUAUUUAUAUAGUUUGUUAUUAUUGAUUUUAUUAAAUAAGAAAAUAUAAUAUACUGUUGUAGGUACCCAUAUUUUAUAGAUCAGAGAAAAAUGAUUUAUAUAUGCAAUAUGCACCUCCGUCUGAUUGAAAUUUUGUUAAAAUGUAUUCGCUGAUUUUAUAUAUUACAACUUGAAGGUACAGUUAUGUAUAUCCACCAAAUAUUUGUUGAACGCAUAAAUAAUAAAUAUUAUUUUAAUUUA